AUGGCAAUGAUUUUACCUUUGGCUAGUAAAACGGUCUUGAUUGGAAGUUCUGAUUACCAAUCUCUUUUAAAUGGUGUGCAGCUUAUCAAUUUAGGACUCACAAAGAAAGAAGAUUCUGUGGUAACUUUCAAAAGUAAAUUAAAAUCAUUUAUUCUUAGUAAGUUCAUAUGCUUAAUAUUUGUAUAAAUGUUAAUUUCAGGCUCAGAAGGUGAUAAACAUUAUUUAUUGGGCUUGCAUUGUUCAACAUGUCAGAUAGCAUUUGAAUUUUUUGAAGAGCACAAGGCUCAUUAUAAAUCUGAUUGGCAUCGAUAUAAUUUAAAACGGAAAAUUCGUAACAGACAAACAAUUGACGAGGAAAAAUUUCUUGCUGUAGAAAGUAUUACAUUUUUUUUUUUGCAGUUCUAAAAUUGAUUUAAUUAUUUUGAUAGCACUCCACUCUUCAUAAGUUGUUUUUUCUACCUCUUAUAAUAUGCUUAGUAAAUAGAAUUUUUGAUCUACCUUUUUUCUCUAUAAGUUUUUCUUUAAUUACAAUAUUCUCCUUGUUAGGUAUCCAAUCUACGUCGUUUUUCUUUAUCUCCUUUCAUAUUGAAUUCCUUUUAUUCAUUGUUAUUAUUAUAUCUGUAAUUAAACUUAUUAAUUCUAAACAUUUUUUUAUCUACUGAAUUUUAUAUUGGAACAGUUUAAAGGCUUUAAUAUUUUUGCUUUCUAUUUUGAGUAUUGUCUGUGUUUCUACACUAUACACAAAGUUUAUAAUAAUCAAUUUCUUGGUUUAUAGAAACUAUAUUUUGUAUACCUACAGAAAAUAGAUUUUCAUUGUAAAAUGUAUGUUUUGCUUGUACUAUUUUGGUUUUUCCAUAUUUUUUAAAUUAUAUUCCUUUUUUCACAUAUUAUAAUUUGACCUGUUUCCAAAUUUUUGUAUUUAAAUCUCAAAUGUUAUUAAAAAUUAUUAUACAUAUAUAAUACAAUUGUUAAUUCUUUUAUUUAAUGAUGAAUAUUUAUAUUUUUAACUUGAACAAUUUACAUAAAUAUAAAAUUGUGUAAUAUUAGAUAUUCGAUUAUAAAUACAUUUGAUACAAAAUGUACCUAAUGUUUUAUGUUUACAAUUUACAUUUAGAUAAUUCCAAUGAUAGUUCAUCUAGCUGUGAAAGUGAUGAUGAGAUAAAUGCUUACAAUUCACAUUUUUCUAUUGAUUCAAAAUUAUUUUUUGAGAAUAACUCUGGAAAUGCUUUUUCAAUUUACAGGUGUUUAUUAACCAAUAAAAAAGUAAAAAUUUAUUCAUAUCAAUUGGUAUUAAUUAAGUAACAUUUAAUAUUAUGAUUUUGUUUUGUUUAAUAGGAUAUUCCAGAUGAGGAAAUUGUUGUGAGUGCAUUAAAAUCAAUUACCUCUAAACCUAUGUGGUUUAUAAUAAUGUUAGGAGGUGGUCGGUUUUCAGCGGCUAUAUUUAAAGGUUGUUUUUAAAUUUUAUUAAAAAUGUACUUAACACUAUGAUAAUAUGUUUUUAUUAUAAUUUAUUUUAGGAGAAGAAGCAAUUGUUCAUAAAACAUUUCAUUCGUAUACUGUACGUGCCAAACAAGGUGGUUCCCAGAGUAAUCAAGAUCGAUCAAAAGGUGGAUGUAAAAGUGCCGGUGCAAGUUUACGUAGAUAUAAUGAAGCUUCUCAACUAAAAGUAAAAUGUAUAAAACAAAGUUAUUUAUAAUGUAUAUUUAAUAGUUUUAUUUUGUGUUUUAGCAUAUUCAAGAAAUAUUGACUACAUGGUUACAUCAUAUAGAAGUAUGUGACCUUAUAUUCUAUCGUGCCAUUGGUCCACAUAAUCGAAAUGUAUUAUUUGGUGGUUCACAUCCACUCAUAGAUAAAAAUGAUAUUCGACUAUGUCAAAUACCAUUUGGAACCAAGAAAGCUACUUUUGGAGAAGUUCAAAAAGUUUAUAAACAACUGUCAAUUAUUUCAGUAUAUGGUAAUCAUUCAAAAUUCAACUUUUAGAUUAAUCUAUGUUUAAUAAGGCAUUUUACUUUUCUCUAGACUCAAAAGAAAUCAUUAACAGUUCUAUUCAAAACUAUGUAUCAAAAUUAUUUAAGAAGAGAAAAAGUAAAGAAUCAGUUAUAAAUAAAAUUAAAACACCUGUGAAUAAAGCUAAUGAAAACAAUUUAAAUAUAAAACAAAAAGUUUAUGAAAAUGUUCAGUUAUCUUCAUCAUCUGGUAUAUAUUCCAUUUUAAUUUUAUUUAUUUAUCUAUCUAAAAAUUAUGUAGGUAUUUUAUAUAUAGUAUAUUAUAAUCUCCUCCCCUUGCCUUCAUCCCAACUAUUUGGGGUCACCCAUGUCCUAAACUUCUAUUUAACUUGAUUUCUCACAUCAUCCUCAUAUACACCAGUCAUCAUCAUAUUAUUCUCAAUUACAUCCAGCUAUCUCUUUUGGUCUUCUUUUCCCGCUUUUUCCUACUACAUCUGUUUUUAUUAUAGUUCUUACUCCUUCUGAUUUGUCUCCUUAUAACAUUCCCAAACCAUCUCAAUUUAUUUACUCUUAUUUUGUCCACUAUCAAAGCCACAUCUACACUACCUCUUAUGUACUCAUUUCUUGUUUUAACUUCUCUUGUUACUAUUCAUCCAUCUAAGUAUUCUCAUUCUAUUAUACUCAUUUUCUGUUCUACUUUUGUCUACCGCUCAAUACAGUAUAUUAUGAUGACACACAAAAUUAUAAUUAUAUAAAAUAAAAGAAUACGGUGUAACUAUUGAAGGGUGUUAAGUUUCCAUAACAUGUGUAUAUGGCACAAAAAAUAUGUAUGUGUAUAUUCAUUUAUUUAUAUUGAUACAUAUUUUAAUCUGAUAUUUUUAGAUUCAAAUGAAAAUGACAGUGAAAAUUUAAAUGAUGUUGCUCAAAAUAGAAUAUUAUGUGAAAAUAAUGCCAAUAAUGGUAAUUUCUUAUCAAAUGAAAUAAAAAUUAAAAAGCGUAAGAAAAGGAACAAAAAACCUAAAGAAAUUAUCGUUAAAUGCUCUGAAGUAGAAGAAUUAAAACAGCUUUUGUUACAAACAAUUAAAGAAAAAGAUGUUGAAUCUUUAAACAAAUGCCUCUUGUUAGAAGGUUUAAAUAGUUCUAUUACACUAGAUAUUCUAGAAAGCAGUUUAAAUGAACCAGUUGAUGAUAAAAAUAACACCAUACUUCAUUUAGCAGCAAUUAAUAAUCUUCAUGACCAUAUACAGUAAGAAAUUAGUAAAAAUCACAAAUAAUAAUAUUUUUUUUUUACAAUUAUUAAUAAAACAUAAAUUUAAUGAAUAAAUUACAUUUAUUUUAAUUGUAUAAAUAGUAGUUUUUUUUUUUUAGUUUACUUUUACUGCAUGGAUCAAAUCCUAUUCAUAAAAAUAAAGAUUCAAAAACACCUUACGAAUUAGCACCAGAUAAAUCAACGAGAAAAGUAUUUAGAAAGUUUAUGGCUGUUUUCCCUGAAAAAUACAAUUAUGAUAAAGUAGAGAUUUAAUGUUUAUAGAUUUCUUUAGGCGUUGUUGAAUUAAACACUUAAGGGUAUUUAUUAUUUUCUAUAGGCUCGUUUACCUGGUCCUUUAACAGAAGAGUUACAAGAAGAGUUAAAAGAAAGAAAAAGAGCUAAACAAAAACGAGCUAAAGAACGAAAAAUUAUUGAUGAAUUGAAAAAACAAGAAGAAAUCGAAAAGCAAAAGUUUCUUCAGCUAUCUGAUCGAGAGAAGGUAAUCACUCAUAAUUUGUGUCCAUAUUAAUACUUUAAGAAAGCUUAAAAUAUAUUACUAUUGUGUAAUAAAACUCUUAAAAAUAUUUUUUUCAAAAAAUUCACUUACUCAGAACAUAAUAUUAUUUUAUUUUAUUAUAAUUAACGGGUUUAAAACCCUUUAGAAAAUUUUUACAAUUACAUAAUUACAGUAACUACAAUAGUACUUGUAAUAAAUAAGUAAAUUAAAUUAAACAUUUUUAAAUAUUUUAAUUAUGAUAAAUAUGGUAAAAAUUAAAAAUUAUAUACAUAAAUGAUUAAAAACAAUUCUCAUCAUAAAAUGGAUUAGAGUUCAAAAUUCAUAUUAUGUUUACAGACAUCAUAUUUUAAUAGAUUAUUCACUUUCUCAUAAAACAUGCAAUACAAUUAUUUAUAAAAUGUCUUUUUAUUUUAGUGUGCGAUAGCAGCUACCAAACGAAUUAUUGCUUCUCAAGGGAUACGUCCAUUAUUGCGAUGUUUUUAUUGCGGCAAGAAUAUAGAAGAAAAAUUCCCUUUUGAAUAUAUGGAUUAUAAAUUUUGUAGUGUGCUGUGUGUAAAAAAUCACAGACAAAAAUUAUAA